UGGUUAUGAUGAUUUUUCUUUAGCCAGCCAUGGCAGAGAGGUGUUAGACACUCCGCCGCUUCCUGAUCCCGCUGGCUCCUCCCCGCUUCCCUUAGCAGCUGAUCCUCAGCUGCAGCCCGCGCCUCCCGGCCCGGCUCUAGCGUGGCGCCGCCGCCGGUUAACUCGCUGCCGGAGCGGCGCGGGGGUCACACACAUCGGCCCCUGCGGGGGACGGUAACGUUCGCCGCUCCAGGGACCUCCCGGGGCAGGGACACAUUCGCCGCUGCGGGGACUUGCAGGCGGCCGGACGCACUCGCCGCUCCGGGGACCUUUUAGGGGAAGGACCCGUUCGCCACUCGGAGGAGCUGCCGGGGAACGGGUGCACCCGUCACUCGGAGGAGCCGCGGCAGGACGCGUCCCGCCGCCGCCGAGCCAAGCCGGCCCGGCUGAGUGAGCCGUGCUGCCUGCGGCCCCGCGGCCGGCAGGUGCUCCCGCGGAGCGGGGAAGGGGAAGGCAGCGCUCCGCAGCCACGGGCGGCCCGCCUUGAGGCAACGGGCGGGCAACGCACCGGAGGGAAGAUGAGGGGGAGAAUAGCUCAGGACCCUGUACCUCUCAGGUAACAUCUGAUGCCAUGUCAGGCAACAGGAGUGUCAUUCAAAGAGUGAUGUCCGUGAGGCGCUGCACAGGCCCCCAGUCCCGCCUUGCAGCAUCUGACUGCAUGCUGCCUGUGCACAAAGUGAGCAGCUCGAAACUUUCAGGCCAUGAUGAAAUCCCGCAAUGCCGUUUUGAGAGGGUGAGGUGAAGGGAGAGAAAGCGCAAUAAAAAAUGGCCAAGCAAACAGGCAUGACGAUUACUUUGGCGACCCUGCUGGGUGUUGCACUGGGGGGCCUGGUUUUGUGGAAAGCAGCCCAGCGUCGGAAAGGAAAAACAUGCUGUAGUAGUCAGCAAGAAGAAGCAGCUGCGAAGUCAGGAGAUGAGAAACUCAUUAAGACAGAGGAUAAGAAGGAGGUUUCCUUCUUCAGAUCUCCAACCUUUUUCUGGUUAGAGAGGAGCCUUGGUGCAGACAUAGUGAUAGUUUCAGAGCAUGAGGAGUGGGGUCAUGUUGAACCAUUGCUGCAGAAGGAGCUGGAGAAGUGGCCGGUUCUUGGAAUUGACUGUGAGUGGGUAUCUGUGGAGGGAAAAGCAAAUCCUGUAUCCCUGUUACAGAUGGCUUCUUCCAGUGGCCUCUGCAUUCUUGUACGGUUGCCCAGGCUUGUUGCCAGUGGCCAGACUCUUCCAAAGACCCUGUUGGACAUCAUGGCAGAUAGUGCUGUGUUGAAAGUUGGGGUAGGAUGCUGGGAAGAUUCUUGCAAAUUGCUUCAUGAUUAUGGUCUUCCAGUCAAAGGCAGCAUGGAUCUCCGGUACUUAGCCAUGAGACAGAGGAAGGAUCUGUUUCACAACUGCCUUAGCCUUAAGUCUUUAGCUGAAAAAGUCCUGAACUUCCCACUUGACAAAUCUCCUCAUGUGCGUUGCAGCAACUGGGAAGCAGAAGAACUGACACAAGACCAGGUUCUCUAUGCUGCUAGGGAUGCUCAGGUCUCAGUGGCUCUGUUCUUCCAUUUGCUGGGAUUUACCAGCAUCCCUGCUACAUCUGAAGGUGAAAACCCUGUCACUGCUUGGGAGAAAGCACGGGGUAAAUGCCAGGGCUUGGUGGAUAUCCCAUUUAAAGGAAGAAAGAGUGGCAGCAACGGAGAGGAGAAGAGUGGAGAGGGACGUUCCCCUCAGAAAACAAAGAAUCGGAGAUCGUGGGUGAAUGGCCAGCCCUCUGGCAACCAGCAAAUGAGAGACCCACGGAGGCAGAAGCGAAAGCCUCUGGGUGUGGGAUAUUCUGCACGAAAGUCUCCACUGUAUGACAACUGCUUCCUGCACGCACCAGAUGGACAGCCCCUGUGCACGUGUGAUCGCAAGAAGGCUCAGUGGUAUUUGGACAAGGGGAUUGGAGAGCUAGUUAGCACAGACCCUUUUGUUGUGAAGCUGCGCUUUGAGCCUUCAGGACGUCCUGAGUCUCAAGUUGAUUAUUAUCUGACAGUCAAAGAAAACCUCUGUGUUGUGUGUGGCAAGCGAGAAUCCUACAUUCGGAAGAACGUUGUUCCUCACGAAUACCGAAGACACUUCCCCAUCCAGAUGAAGGACCACAACUCACAUGAUGUGCUCCUGCUGUGCACGUCCUGCCACGCCAUCUCCAAUUACUACGACAACCACCUGAAGCAGCAGCUGGCGCAGGAGUUUGGGGCUCCCAUCGGCUCCGAGGAGGGCGUGCGUCUCCUGGAGGACCCCCUGCGCAGGCAAGUGCGCUCGGCGGCGCGAGCCCUGCUGAAUGCAGACAGCCUGCCCGACCCCCGCAGGGCAGAGCUGCUGCACAGCAUCGAGGACUUCUAUAACACUGACACGGUCACUCCAGAGAUGCUCCAGGCAGCAGCUGGUCUGGAAACCAGGAUCUGCAAUGAGAGCUUCGUGCCACAUGGACUGAAGGUGGUGCAGUGCUGUGCUAAAGGAGGCCUGCGCUCUCUUAUGCAGCUGGAAAGACGCUGGCGGCAGCAUUUCCUGGACAGCAUGAAGCCCAAACACCUCCCAGAGCAGUGGUCGGUGGACCAUAAUCAUGUCAAGUUGAUCCAAAAGUAUGGGGAGGAUCUUCAGAUCAAGCUGUCAUGAAAUCAUCUUCCUGGACUCUGGAUAGUGUCUAAUGGACACGUGUAACUGAAGAUGGAAAGACUGUUUUGAUUUCUAUAUCUCCACUAACACCUGGGGCCUGGGUUUGCAAAAAGGCAGCAGUAGAUCUGCCAGAUUUACCAGCUGGUUAAAUUUGACAGUUUAUAGUGGUAAAUCCAUUGAGUUGAACUUUCAGGUGGUUUGGAAGUUUAAUCCUAGUCUGUCACUUGCUAGUUCAGUGCAAGAGUGAUGUGAUAAGGGAACCUGUCUUUUCAAAGUGACUAUGGAGAAUCAUUUUCUAGCCCCCAGGAUGUCUGAUGCCUCCAGACCAUCUCUUAUAAUAGAGUAAGUCCAGAGAAAGGGAACAAAAGCACAAUAGAUGAAUUUUUCUCGAUUUUCUGACAUAUAUUAGUGCCCUUGGCUUUACUUUGAGGAUCUUCUUGAUAAAAAUCUUCCUUUGUUUUUCCUUUUGAGUGCAGUUGUACUCAUAAGAGUUCUUCCUAGAGAAGAGCCCCUGCCAGAGACAGAUUCUGUGUCUGGAAGAAGCAAAGAAACCCUAUUUUUUUGCAGCUUCUGAGCUGUCCCAGCAUUGCAGAUAGGCCUCAGCAAGUUUCCUGGUGGCAGGUGCCUGAUGAGAAGUGACACUCUGGCAGUAUGGAAAUACCCGUGUCAAGUCUUUUGUUAAACAGCUUCCAGUAACAUAGAGUUUAUAAAAAUAUUUUUCCUAAUUCUGCUUGUUUGUCUUGAGUAGUGUGCUCAGACGUUCCAGGCUGUUACAGAUGACUGGAGUGUUGGAGUGGAAGGAUGCAGGCUCUUUAGGAAGAACUGGCACUGGAGGUGAGGAGGGUGGAUCACCUUCUAUGUCAGUGAUGGGUUGGAGUGCAUGGAGCUCAGCCUAGGGGUGGAUGAGGAGUCCAUUAAGAACUUAUGGGUCAGGAUUAAAGGGAGAGCAGGGACACGUGUCAGAGGGGAUCUGCUACAGGUCUCCCAGCCAGGAAGACUGAGUGGAUGAAGUCCUGUACAGGUAAGAGCAAUCUCACGUUCACAAGUCCCCUGGGGGGACUUCAGCCACCCCAUGUUUGUUGGAGAGGCAACACAGCAGGGCAUAAGCAGUUCAGGAGGUUCUUGGGAUGCGUUGAAAACUUUUGCAGAAAGCCAACUGCUUCUCAUGGGCUGCAUCAAAAGAGGCAUGGCCAGCAAGCCAAGGGAGGUGAUUCUCCACCUGUAUUCUGCUCCUGUGAGACCACCUGGAGUACUGUGUCCAGCUCUGUGGCCCACAACAUAAUUGGGCAAGUCCAGAGGAGGGCUACAAGGAUUAUCAGAAGGGUGGUGGUUAGUGAAUUUAAACUGAAAAAGGCUAGGUUUUGAUUAGGUGUUGGGAGGAAAUUCUUUACUGUGAGGGUGGUGAGGCAUUGGAACAGCUUGCCAGAGAAGCUGUGAAUGCCUCAUCCCUGGAAGUGUUCAAAGCCAGGCUGGAUGGAGCUAUGAGCAACCUGGUAUAGUGAAAGGUGUCCCAGUCCAUGGCAGGGAUGUUGGAAUGGGAUAUUCUUUACAGUCCCUUCCAACCCAAACCAUUCAGUAAUUCUUUGAAUAGCACUUGGUGAGUACUUUUUCAUAUCAGACUGAAAUAAGGACAGGUGUCUUAAAAGGGAUGAGAGGAAAGACCAGAAUUUAAAGACCAGAAGCUUUUAAGAGAUUUGACCACACAUGGCAAAAAUUGGAAAAUCUGAUGUUCUGUACCUGGAUUUGACAUGUGUGGUGGUGAGCAGGUUAUACUCUCUUCAUGCCUGUUUCUCUGUCUCUAAAAAGGGACUAAUAAUACUUAACUAUCUCACAAAGAUGUUGUGAGGCUUAAGGAAUUAAUGUUUUUGUAAAAUGCUUUGAAAAUUUAAGCCAGUGUGUGCAAAUUAUUAUUGUUGUUUUUUAAGAUGUGCUGCUGUCUAACUUCCUUAAAUAUUCAUGGUUUUUGUCUGAUGCUAGACCUUAGUUAAAGAUAACUUUUUAAAAAUACACAUUCCUUUUUGUAAAAUCCCUUUUGAUGGUUUUGAUUGCAUGAGAUGAGUGUGCUUCUACUGAAUGAUGAAGCUAUGCUCAACUUUUAUACACCUCUGUAAAGAAGUUUCAGUAAAACCCUUAUCUUCAUGCUGCUGUGUAUAGCGCAGUUGACCCACAUUUUUUUAUAACAUUUCGGCAGAAUCCUGGACCUGCUGUGAUUGUGGCUGAAACUGUCCCAUAUCAUAUAAUUCAAGAAAUUUCACAGGCCAGGGGUAAAAACACUGUAGCAGAGACUGUUUGAGAUAAGUAGGAGCCAUGGAGAGAAAUGGUAUAUUAAUGCCAUCCCAGAGGAGCUGCAAUAACAGCACAAGGAAUCAAAGAUUCAUGAUAAAUACUACUUAUCACAGAGCUGCAAAUGAGAUCAUUUUCAUUAUAAGGACAAUUUUUUUUCCUGUACCACUGGCAAGUCUUAACAAAAAAUUAUUUAGCCAAAUGUGUUGUGCCUGUGCUCACUCACACAGCUGAUUAUAAUCCCAGCAAGACCUUCCUGCCUCCAGCAGCAGUUUGGAUGUAACUAUUUCUCUCCAAAGCAUUUUGAGCAUGUGUUCAGAUAGUGCUAUAUCCUGUCUCCAUCUGAUCAGGGUGUUGAGAGCUCUCUGUGUGACUCAGAAACUCUUUUUCUGUCAUCAGGAGUACAAGGUGUCCAUUUCACCUCUUUGUUCUGCUUUGUUUUUUCUCCCUUUGGUCUGAUAUAGGAACUCCUGAUCAAACUCUUCAGUGGAACUGAUUGGCUGCCACAGGAUUGGGUCUUUUCUGUUUGUGAGACAAGAAAGUAGUGUGGAGACAAGAACUGGACUGCAAGUCCUCUAUUUUUAAGGAGCCAGGUUUUUUUCAAGAGGGUUGUUUCCAGAUCUCAUGUUCAGAAAUAGAAACUAGCAGGGAGAACUGUAUUCACAAAUAUUUUCUAAACUAAGAUUCUUUAUUGUUUGUAAGAUAUCCUUAACUUGCAUAAUUUUAAUUAAAUCUGAAAGAAGAGGGGAAGCAAUGUAUUUAUUAUGCAGAAAUAGAUUUGCUUUAUUUUAUUAUGAUUUUAGAUUUUCUACCAGUCUAUAGAUAAAACUUCCUUAUAUGUCUCCAUUGCUAAUUGUUACAUUAUAUAAAAAUCUACUCUUUUACCAGA